AUUUAAGAGGACCGGUUCGGUUCUUUCAUUCAGUGCUUGCUUGCGGACACGACACGACGUUACGGUCCGCUCUCCGGCGACGCGACGCUUUAACCAAACCAAACAAUACGCUUACAAUAAUUCGUUGCAUUGUUUAACGCAUCCCUAAUUCUGCGAAGUGAUAUUUUUGUGUUGUUUUUUCCGCGUAGAAGAUGUCCGAAAACGCUGAAAACAAUUGGCUUACAAACGGCAAGAUGGCGACUGUGGAGCGGCUGCUGCACCCGCUGCAUCCGAAGACGGACGACACGGGCAACAAGGUGACCGUGGUGGGCACCGGCCAGGUCGGCAUGGCAGCCGUCUUCUCCAUGCUCACACAGGGCGUGACCAACAACAUCGCGCUGGUGGAUGUGAUGCAGGACAAGCUGCGCGGCGAGAUGCUGGAUCUGCAGCACGGCUGCGCCUUCAUGAAAAACGCCAGGAUAAACGCCAGCACCGAUUACUCUAUAACUGCGGGGUCAAAAGUUUGCGUGGUGACGGCGGGCGUGCGGCAGCGCGAGGGCGAGUCCCGGCUCGACCUCGUGCAGCGCAACACCGACGUGCUUAAGAUCAUCAUCCCUCAGCUGGUGAAGUACAGCCCCGAGGCGGUGUUGAUAAUAGCGAGUAACCCGGUGGACAUUCUGACGUGGGUGACGUGGCGACUGAGCGGAUUGCCGCGCCACCGCGUCCUCGGCUCCGGCACCAACCUGGACUCGGCGCGCUUCCGAUACCUGCUCUCGGAGAAACUGGGCAUCGCGCCCACCUCCUGCCAUGGCUACAUCAUCGGCGAGCACGGCGACAGCAGCGUGGCGGUGUGGUCGGGCGUGAACAUCGCGGGCGUGCGGCUGAGCGACCUGAACCCGCAGAUCGGCGGCGAGCAGGACCCGGAACAGUGGCGGCGCAUGCACCAGCUCGUCGUCGAGAGCGCCUACGAGAUCAUCAAGCUGAAGGGAUACACCUCCUGGGCCAUCGGCCUCUCCGUGUCCCAGCUCGUCGGCGCCGUCCUCUCCAACGCCAACAGCGUGCACCCCGUCUCCACGUACAUCAAGGGCCAGCACGAGGUGCAGCAGGAGGUGUUCCUGUCGUUGCCGUGUGUGUUGGGGCGCGGCGGAGUGGCGGACGUGGUGCGCCAACCUCUCACCGCGGAGGAGCGCGCGCGUCUUCACGCCUCCGCUAAACUAAUGCACGACGUGCAGGCCGGCAUACACUUCUAACUGAUACGAGUAACUCUUCGCGGUCAAGCAUUCGCUACCUCUUUUACGUCUCGCUUUACAAAUUCAUUUUAUAGUUUACAACAAUUCAAUCAUUUCCCAGAUCUACUUACGAAGGUAAUAGAUUAAUAGAGUAUCAUUCUAAAU